UCCAGGUGAACUGGGUGAGAAGCAGUGGGGCGUGAUGUACACUCUUGAUAGUGUGUGUGCUCUGGAAGGUUCAUCAGUUGAUCUCUCCUGCUUUUAUAAACACCCUGGAGGACUCACAGUGACUGAAUCAUUCUGGUUCAUUAAUGAGACUGGAGUUGAGCCUGUAGAUCUGCUAGAUGAUGAUCAGUAUAAGGGGAGAGUGCAGUAUCACCAGAACCAGAACCAGCUCUACCACACAGUGAGAAUCACUGAUCUGAAAGCGAGUGAUUCUCAGAUAUAUAACUUCAGAUUCAUCACUGAUGAUCCUGAUGGUAAAUACUUUGGCAGCUCUGGAGUCAGUCUGUCUGUCACAGGUCUGAAGAUUGAAGUGUUGAACACAGAGGGAGGAGGAAAGCAGCUGACCUGUAGCUCCACCUGCACUCUGACUAACCCCACCUACAUCUGGUACAGGAACGGACAGCCUGUAUCUGAGCAGAACAGAGCUGUACUGUAUCUGAGGGACCGCACUGUGGAUGCAGGCAGCUACUCCUGUGCUGUGAAAGAACACGAGGAGAUCCGCUCUGCUGCUGUCUAUUCUCCUAAAGAGACCAGAGCGGUUGUUCUUCCCUCUGGAGAGAGAAAAGAGGGAGAUUCAGUGACUCUGACCUGCAGCAGUGAUGCAGAUCCUCCUGUUCUCACCUUCUACUGGUUUAAACAAAGUGUAAAUGAAUCACUGGGAACAGGCCAGAAUUACAGCAUCACCAACAUCAGCUCCCAGCACAGCGGACUGUACUACUGCACCGCUCUCAACCAGCUCGGACAGCACAGCUCUGCACCCGCCCGUCUGGACGUGUUCUAUCCUCCCAGACCUCCAUCUCUAUCUGAGUUUAACGGGUUUAACGGCUCGAUCACGCUGGUGUGCGUCAGCGACUCCAACCCUGCCAGCUCUUACACCUGGAGAAAAGCAGCCCUGUCCCACAGCCGGAGUGAAGACAACACUGACGGGCCAGCUUCUGCUCCAGUGUAUGAAACCGUCUCAGACCUGGCUAUGACCUCCAGGCCCUGCACAGGAGCUGCAUCCUCAGAUGAAGUUCAGUACUCAACCAUUCAGUUCAAACAGUCUCGCCCACAGGAAGAGCCUCUCUGCCCCACUGUUCAUCAGACUCUCGCUUUUAAUAAAGAAGAGGAAGUUGAGUACGCCACAGUGAACAAAGCUAGAGCAGAAACUGCUCGGUAA